AUGAGCAGAAACCAAGAUGUAUUUCCCGUUCUGGACUUACAAGAACUGGUUAUAUGCCUGCAAAGCUGUGAUUUUGCCCUGGCCACGCAGGAGAACAUCGCCAGGCCUACUUCAGACUAUAUGGUGACUCUUUACAAACAGAUAAUUGAGAACUUCAUGGGUAUUUCAGUAGAAUCACUGCUCAAAAGUAGCAACCAGGAAACAAGCGAAGGUCAAUUGCAGGACGAAAACGAGAAUAUCUAUUCUGACACAUUGAAUGUGCUGGUAUUGAACAAGAUUUGCUUUAAGUUCUUCGAGAACAUAGGUGUCCAAGAUUUCAACAUGACUGAUUUGUAUAAGCCCGAAGCACAGAGGACACAGCGUCUGUUGAGUGCGGUGGUGAACUACGCUCGUUUCAGAGAAGAACGAAUGUUUGAUUGCAAUUCUUUUAUUCUUCAAAUGGAGUCCUUGUUGGGGCAGCUUCGAUCCAAAUUUGAUGAUUAUAACUUACUUCAGCAACAGUUGAAGCAGUACGAGGAUGUGGAUGGGGCAAAUAUCCCCGAUGAACAGGAACUGCAAAGACUGGAAGAACAAAAUAAAGAGCUGGAAAUCCACUUGAAAAAAUUGACUAAAAUUCAAGAAACUCUAUCCAUAGAUUACAAUGAUUACAAGAUCUCUAAACAGUCGAUCUUCAAAAAUUUGGAGACGCUGAGCUUCCAAAUAGUAGAAUUAGAGUCUAACCGAGAUAAGCUGAUCAGAAUAUCCAAUACAGACAUUGAGGAAUCAGCCGAGGCGAUUAAAGAGUUGAGCGAUCUGUUGGUACGGCGGAAAAAGACCCUACAAAAUUUAACUAUACAACAGGAAAAUUUGCAGGGCACAGUGACGACUUUUGAAACCAUAAUCAGCGAGCUUUAUGAUGUGUUAAGAAUAAUUUCUAGCGAGGUUCAAGAAUCUAAUCGAACUGAAACGGAACUUAUAGGACUAAAGCAAAAUUUAAUCAAUAAUAAGUUGAAACUAUUGAACGUUUUGGAAACAGGGAUUCUAUACAAAUUAGAAAUCCUACAAGAACAACUGGACCUACAGUUAAAAAAUUUGGAAAAACUAUCGCAAGACACUGAAGAAGAAUCGCGUUUGAAUGAUUCUAAAUUGAACGAAUUGCAGCUUAAAUACGAAAACGAAAUCAAACCCAAGAUUGACAAGACAGACGUUUUUAUUCAAGAUGAAUUGAUCAACGGUAAAAUUAAUAAGUUAAAUGAGGAAGUUAAACAAUUACAAAAGGACUUCGAAAUGGAAGUUAAAGAGAUUGAAAUUGAAUAUUCUUUAUUAUCUGGUCAUAUUAAUAAAUACAUGAAUGAAAUGCUCGAAUAUAUGCAAUAG